AGGAAACACGCGAGGUCCCUAAACCCAGCUUCCAGCAGGAUCGCAGAAUUAUUACGGUGCAGAAGAAAGCCAUUCGGCCCAUUGUGCCUGCGCUGGUACAGCAGGAGAGUUUAACACUUUGAAGGCAGGACAAUGUCACGGCUCUCUCUGACCCGCUCCCCUGUAUCUCCUGUGGCAUCUCAAGGUAUCCCGCUGCCAGCACAGCUCACCAAGUCUAAUGCUCCUGUCCACAUCGAUGUCGGGGGACACAUGUACACCAGCAGCUUAGCAACUUUAACCAAAUACACCGACUCCAGGAUAGGGCGCCUUUUCAAUGGCACGGAGCCAAUUGUUCUGGACAGUUUAAAGCAGCACUACUUCAUUGAUCGAGACGGUGAAAUUUUCCGAUACAUCCUCAGUUUCCUCAGGACAUCGAAACUUCUGCUCCCAGAGGAUUUCAAGGAUUUCAGCCUGUUAUAUGAAGAGGCGAAGUUUUACCAGUUACAGCCCAUGGUGAGGGAGCUGGAGAGGUGGAAACAGGAGAAAGAACAUCGCAAGUCCUCACAGGCCUGUGAGUGCCUGGUGCUGAGGGUGACCCCUGACCUGGGGGAGCGUAUCAGCCUGAGUGGAGAGAAAUCUCUGAUUGAGGAUAUCUUCCCUGAGACUGGGGAUGUCAUGUGUAACUCUGUCAACGCCGGCUGGAACCAGGACCCCACCCAUGUCAUCCGCUUCCCCAUCAACGGUUACUGCCGCCUCAACUCAGUCCAGGUUCUGGAACGAUUGUUACACAAGGGAUUUCGGGUGGUCGCUUCCUGUGGUGGUGGUGUGGAUUCCUCACAGUUCAGUGAAUAUGUGUUAUAUCGACAAGAGAAACGCCUACAGCUCACCCCAACACCAAUCCGAAUAAAACAGGAGCCUCUCGAUUAACAUGACGGCAACCUCUCUUCCCCUCCCUUUUCGAGGCUUUUGUUCUUUCGUUUCUCUCUCUCUCUCCCUCCCCUCCCCAACCGCCCCUCACCCCACCCAAACCCCCACCAACCCACUCAUCUCCUGAUCUGAAUUUAGUUGCUGCAUUUGAGGGAGAGCAUCUGCCAUAGAGACAUGCCCCUCGACGAGGAUAUUUCCCAAAGGGUCGGAUUAGCUGCAUUCCCAUCGGAAGUGUAUACACAACCUUAACUCCUCCAAAGUGAUUCUUCCAAUCUGGUUUGAGGCUGACGACGGUUGUGUGUGGGAAGAGAGAAGCAGGUGCCAACUGGGCCAUCAGUGACUUUGGGCACAUCAGCAGAAACGGUACCCUUCAUGUAAUGUGGCUGGGAGAGAGAGAGAGAGGAUGGUGCUGCAAUAAUCGGAAACCUAUACCAACUCAACUUCACCUCCAUUGGGUUCGUUGAUCUCGUUCUGUCCUUCAGCUCAGGAUUUGGAAGGCGCCCCCAAAACAGGCAGCCUAGACCCUCUUCCAACCGCCCCCGCCCCCGCCCCGGAGACACGGUCAGCGCUGGGACACUCAAUCUUGUGAACCAUGAAUUGCUGUGAUAUUUGGUGACAGUUCAACAAUGACUCCAUGUGGUGAAGCGCAUUAACCACCACACGACACUGAUGGUGAUCAGUAACUGAAUGAACAGGGAGCAGUGCAGAACACCGUGCACUUCACUUCACCGCAGCGUUUCCCCCCAAAAUUUAAGGAACCGUUGUUUUCCUAGCAGCCCCCUCCUGUGUAAAAUUCUCCUCUGCCCCCAGCCCCAGUCCAGAAUCAGGCAGCACACACUGACAUGCAGUGAACUCACAUUGGAACAGGAAACAGUUGAUUUUUUUUAAUUAUAAAUAAACUAAGAUGUU